AUGCCACAAAGGCAACUAGCAAGACAUCCUCAAUUCUGGACCGGUGGUCACGAAGAGGGAGCUGAACUAGGCCAAGACGACGGGGUAUCGCGAAGCGACCCAGAAUAUCGGGGAUUCUGGAGUCCGCAUACACAUGUCUUUCCUUCGCACCCCGCGUAUCCUGUAGAGUUGUGGGGAACUAAUCGUCCGGCGGAACGAGGCGCUCACCAAUAUGACCACGGCCCCUUUGGCUUUCCCGGCCUCUCCACUGCAUGGCAUUUUCCCGGAGUACCACCAGCGGAACGACCCCAUUUGGAGCCUGGUAUGACUGAUCAUCCUCUAGCUGCAGCCGGGAGCUCGACGUGGCAUGGCAUGCAGCCUGAGUUUUCCCGACGGGGACGUUCGGGGGACGAAAUGCCUCGGACUCCACCCAUAGGCAUGCCAGUAGGAGAGCCAGAAAGAGGGAUACGAGAACAACACGGAGCAUCAGCGGCUGGCGUAGGAGCAGCUCUUUUCUCCCCAGAUUCUGCAGAUCCUAGCAAGAGCCUGCGCUUACUUCAGAAAUCCAGCGACGAGGCGGACUAG